AUGAACGCGCUGAGGCUGGCAACGCGAUGCUGGCGACCGAACGCGCUUUUUGCUGCGAGAUCGUUUACCAGCACUCAAUGUGCCAUGUCUGCUCAGAGUGGCCUUAGUUCAUCCCUCGAAAAUGUUGCGCAAAAGAUUAUGGAGCUCCUUGAUGCUCCUCGCCCAAUAAGCAAUGGCUUGCAAAUGCGACCCGACCGUUUUGUUGCGGUCAGAAGUCUGCUAGAGCACCCGGAUAUCGACGGAAUGAACUUUCUCACUUUGGAAAAACUCGUGCAGGAAGACGGAGACAACCGCUAUGAACUACUCUACGAGCCGUACUCACACUCCCUUGGCAUGGGAGAACAUGUUGAUCAAUGGUGGAUUCGAAAAUCUCGGAGUCUCCUCAAACCUAAAGUGGAACACGAAAUGAGACGUGUUACGCAGCCUCGAGAGUUCACACUAGCGCUCCACAUCACAGGGUUGGAAUCGUGGCCGUCCAUCAAACGUACGGGAAUAUCCAGGAUGUCACAACCACACAUUUAUCUACAGACUCAAAUCCCGGAUUACAUCGCUAGCAGCGCCGAGCCCAAGGAGGAACAACUUCUCAUAUACAUCAACCUCAAGAAAGCCAUGGACGCGGGAAUCAAGUUUUACGCUUCUAGUGCGGGGUUGGCCACCCCUGGCGACGAGGCGGGCUUCCUGAGACCGCGAUUUUUUCAGUACGUUUACGUUCGUGUCAUCCAGCGGAAAACUCUGUUGGGAAAGCCAUCACAACCUUGGUUGGUUACGCCGAAACGACCACUCUCGACAACCAGGCUUCGCUUAGGGUUGGCUCCCAGACGUCGGUGA